UUUGCGAUGAAGCCAAAGCAAGGAUUGAAGUAUUUGCAAGAGAAAGAUCUCGUCGGAACCACACCCGAGGAUAUCGCAGCGUUUUUCCAUCGUGAAGAGCGGUUGGAUAAGACGGUUGUGGGUGAUUAUAUGGGCGAUGGUGAUGAAUUUCACAAGAAGGUAAUGUAUGCAUAUAUUGAUCAAAUGGAUUUUGCAAAUAAGGAUUUCGUCGCAGCCCUACGUCAGUUCCUAGAUGGAUUCAGACUGCCGGGUGAGGCGCAGAAGAUCGAUCGUCUAAUGGAGAAAUUCGCAUCACGAUACUGUGAAUGCAAUCCGAAGUUUGUUGAAUUGUUUUUUCAUCUAUUGUUAGGAUAUGGUUUGGUUGAAUUGAGAUAG